UGAAAUUUAAACUGAUUAAAAAAAGUUGAAAGUGAUAAAAAAGUGAAGUAAACAAAACCAAGUCUAAUUUACCACUGAAUUUGAGCAAUAUCUUGAGAGUGCAGACCCUAAUCUAAAGACUCCUUUUUCUGCUCAUCCCUCUUAUCACAAGCCUCUUCAUCGCCACCUUUUUGUGAUAACACAUUGUGUUUUUGUUUGCGGCUUUUUAGCGAUAAUUAAUACAAAUACAUAUGCGCAUCAAGUGUUGAUUAACCUCUACGUUGUGGAGAGGGUCAGAUAAAAACGGAGUGCAAUUGGCACUCGCACUCAUUUCCAGCUGCAGCCGAAUCCAAGAUGGUCAACGUGACGGAGGAUGUCUUUGCCACCGGAGCGGUGAAUCCGUUCACCAACUCGAAGGAUACCAUCAAGCGGUUCACCCUAACAAAUGGAGGUGGAAUGUCUGUCCAGUUGAUCACCCGUGGAGCCAUCAUAACCAGCAUAAAGAUUCCGGAUGCCGGUGGCAAAAUAGAUGACGUGACUCUCGGAUUCGAUGACCUGGCGGGUUAUCAGAGUGACAGGAACCCCUAUUUCGGUGCCACCAUUGGUCGGGUGUGCAACCGGAUUGGAAAUGGCAGUUUUCAACUGAAUGGAAAGUUAGUGCAGGUGUCAAAGAACCGUGAGAACAAGUUCCAGCUACAUGGCGGUUUUGUGGGCUUCGAUAAGGCCCACUGGGAAGUGGUGGAAGUGCGUCAGGAUGGCGUUACUCUCUCGCACACCAAUCCCGACGGGCAUGAGGGCUAUCCCGGGAAGGUCACAGCCACUGCGAGCUUUACCCUCAGCGAGGAUAACUGCCUGCAUGUCCAGAUGAGAGCAGUAACCGACAAAACGACGCCCGUAAAUCUCACCAAUCAUUCGUACUUCAACCUGGCUGGCCACAAAGCCGGGGCCAAUGGUCUCUACGAGCACACCAUCGAGAUCAAUGCUUAUGGGAUCACCGAAACGGACCAGUCCUCUAUUCCUACGGGAAAGAUCACACCCGUGGACGGAACAGCCUUUGAUCUUCGAGUGUCCAACAACCUUGGCGAACGUCUCAAGGAGCUGCAACCAGCCCGGGGCUACGAUGACAACUUCUGCGUGACCUUUAACCCACCGCAACCACUGGCCAAGGUGGCCAGAGCCACCCAUCCACCCAGCGGACGAUGGUUAGAGGUGGUCAGCAAUCAGCCCGGAGUACAGUUCUACACCUCAAACUUCAUGCCUGACGUGGAACGUGGUGAAGCGGCCAUUCCCGGCAAGGAGGGAGCUGCCUACGCCAAGCAUGGAGCCUUCUGCCUGGAGACACAGAAGUUCCCCGACUCCGUGAACCACAGCAGCUUUCCCUCGACCAUUUUGCAGCCGGGCGAGAGCUACAAUCAUGAAGUAAUCUACAAGUUCGGUGUUUCUCACUGAGUGUCGAACACCUUAUCUAAACUAUAUAUACGAAUAAAUACCAUGUAUCUGACUAACCAAGCAACCCGUAAAUAAUAUAGCCAAUAAAUCUAAAGCACGAAGAUUAUGCAAAAAAGUUCGAACACGAUGCGACAAUAAAACGAGGGCAAUCAUUGCAAACCACGA